CUCCCUUCCCUCCCUCCCUUUCUCCCUCUUUCCCUCCAACACCUUCCACCUAGACCAUCUCUAAAGGGACUUCUUGAUUUCCUCCAAUUUCUUAUGAACCCAGGAUGGGCAGCAAAGAAGACCCUGGCAAAUGUUGUCCAGCUGCCGCCCCCAUCUCCAGCUUCACUAUCCAGUCCAUCCUGGGCAGCGGGCCUUCUGAGGAGCCCAGGGAGAUCGGGUCCAAGGGCGCCGCAGGCUGGGCGAACCGGAAAAGGAGUCUGUCGGUAUCCUCGGAGGAAGAGGAGGCGGAUGACGGCUGGAAACACUCUGGCUGUUACUGCCCGGACUCUCAUGGCCCGAAGGAGUCCGGCCACAAGCACCAUCAGCCCCUCACAAUAACUUGUCUCAGUAACUCAAAGGCCAGCGGAGGAGCCGGAUCAGUGAGUUCGGACAGGACGCCGUUCCUCUCCCAAUCCCAACAAGACUUUAAGGAAGAGAAAGAGAAACACUUCCACUCCGGGUCACCAUCACCUGGAGCAGAGCGGCCGCGAGAUUCCGGAGGAGAUCGGCAAGCCGGAUCCGCCAAAAAGAAGACCCGCACUGUGUUCUCCCGCAGCCAGGUGUACCAGCUCGAGUCUACAUUCGAUAUGAAGCGCUACCUGAGCAGUUCGGAACGGGCUUGCCUUGCUUCCAGCCUACAGCUCACCGAAACGCAGGUGAAGACUUGGUUCCAGAACCGGCGGAACAAAUGGAAGAGGCAGCUCUCCGCAGAAUUGGAGGCAGCCAAUAUGGCCCAUGCCUCAGCCCAGACUCUGGUGGGGAUGCCACUGGUGUUCAGAGACAAUUCCCUGCUGCGGGUCCCAGUGCCCCGAUCGAUAGCCUUUCCGGCCCCUUUGUACUACCCAGGGAGCAACCUGUCAGCCUUACCUCUCUAUAAUCUGUACAACAAGAUUGACUACUGACCAAACAGGACCCCAGCGGACCUGCCCGCUCCCUUGUAGAUUUCAAACCCUUUUCCCCUCGUAUUUCCUUUUUUCCGUUGCUGUUGAAAAAGACCUCUGAAACUGACGCAUUUCCCCAUUUGUAUAGGAAUGAAGGCUAUGUGCUUCUCUUAAUAUUAAGAAAUACACCAUGUGUAUUAAUUAUUUCUUAUUUAUGGAUUACUCUCCUUAUUUUUAUUUGAUUAUUAUAGGGUAUUCAAAGGUGCUUCUUACGGCAGAUCGCCUGCUUUCAACCCAACCUAAUUUUUUUUUCUUCAAAUAUUGGGGUUUUCUUUGAUAGGGGAGGGAAGAAACUUCCCUAAUCUGGGGAACAGAAUCUUUUUCAGAUCUGCUUCGGCAGGUUAAAAAAAUUGGAAGGGAAAAAAUUAAAGAUUUUAUAUACAUACAUCUAUAGUCUAUAUAUAAACAUGCAUAUAGAUAUAUAGAUAUGGAUGUUUCCAAGAAGGACACUUGUUGGCUUUUGCCUAUUGUAUAGCUUCCUUUCCAAGUUCCUCUCAUCUAGGAAUGAGUAGGCACGAAAGGGGGAUUUCAAAUCUGUAAAUAUUUUUAGAAAAAAAAAAGAAGGCGAAGACAAAUAAA